UUGUGGCAGCAGUGCGAGUGCGGGAAAAUUGCUUGUGGCGAUACUGCUUUCACCAGAUGUUGCUUAUUGUCGAAAGCAUUGCAAAUAGAAGAUGGGGACGAGGAAAUAGAGGUGGCCAUUUUCACUGCUUUCACGGACCCGUUCCUUCUGAAAAAGCCGACACGAAGAGAAGAAAUGUUGCAGUUAAAUGUAAUUGAAUUUAAAAUUUCAACAUGGACGCCCAUGGACGCCCUCGAUCAUCGAAAGAAGAAUUCACGUUUGGUGUACUUUUUCUCGACAUAUUUAAAUCUCGGGUGCAAUAAAUUCAUGGCCAAGUGGCCAGCGUAUCUUGGAACCUGCGAUGGUAAACACUAUGUGCGUGCAAGAAUGACCGCCUGCCUUGUGCAGCUCUCGAUUAAUCUUGAUCGUGGCAAGGAAAGGAUUUUUCGCAUCGAAUGGUGGUCCUUGGUAUUUGUAGUGAAUGCAGCCGAGCCACCUCGCCGGUGUACAACCGUUCCGCUGGAGUCUCUAGCUGUUCCAACAAGCAUACUACCGCAUCAUCACCUCUUCACCGGAGUUUUCGAUUCCAAAGUGAGCACAAACUGUUGAUCAAAACUUGUCCUUCCAGGUAAUAAAAUCCAUAAAAUUAUCUUCA